AUGGGCUGGUCACAUAAUAAGAAGAACAGACGACAGAUGGACGAGAAGAACAGUAGAGUAGACUUCAAGAGAAUGCAAACGUCCCUUGGACGACCACCUGCACGUUGGGCGGACGUGUUCGUAAACAAAGUUAAUCAGCUGUACCCGCAGCUGCAGUUGUUUUACAGAUCACGGUAUGAGACUCGCAAGCGUUACAAUGCUCGAACAAGACCACCACCACUGAUUACGAUUGUGAUUGAAAGGAACGAAUGGCAUAUGUGCUGGGUCCGCACAGCUCGUGAAGACGGACCGUCCAAAUAUCCAAGUAUCCAAGCAAGUUAUAUUUUUUCCAUUUGUCUAUUCGAAAACGAUGAUGUUCUCGAAUGUGUUCUCGUUUCAUCAAUAAUCACCAUUAUCGCUGAUAGUGGAUAUCAGUUACCUUUAAAUAUAUAA